AUGGGGAAGGCAAAGAAGCAACGUAAGAACAGAGGAAGCAGGGCGGCGCCUUACGAGGUCGAUGAGUCCAUGGUGGGAGACGCGGAGGACUCGAACCACGACCAGGCUAUCGACGACUCGAAGCUGUCCGAUAAACCAAACAAUGGAGUGGUUGGCACCAGCGAGAAUGCGGAAGAGCCUGGCACAGGAGGCAGGCAGAUUCACAAGAGGCAAGCAGCGGAGUGGCGGAAAAUGAAGAGCGAAGUCGCCCAGCUGAAAAAACAAAGGCAGAAGCUGCGGAAAAAAGUUGUUGCAGAGCGAGAAGAACGCAAGAAGCUUGGGAAACUAAUAAAAGAGAAGAUAUCGUCAAUGCGAAAGCGUCACGACGCAGAGCUGCAGGCGCUUGGCCUCGGCAAAUCGCUCCAUAGCGUUGACCCUGAAGAGACCAUGGCUGUUGAUGACUGA